UAAAACACCACACUUCCUGUUUCGGAUUAAAGAAAAUAUCGCAAUUAAUGGUAUAAUCGCAAUUAAUGGUAUAUUCAAUCUGAUGACGAAUGAAUUGUAGUGACUUACCAUACCGUUUAUGAGAGGGAACACACGGCCUGACCAUGCCUGUGUCCCUGCUGUGGGCAGUGGAUGUGUACGGGCGCGUGUACAGCCUGUCCACCGGAGGGCAGCAGUGGGAGCAGUGUCAUGAUGCCGUGUUAGAGUUUAAGAGGGUGACAGCCGUGCAGCAGUGUUGCUGGGGUAUCGCCUGUGACCACCACAUUUACCUGAAUGUCCACUCUUGUGAUGUACCCAUACGUUACCAGGAGGAGACAUACGAGAACCAGCGAUGGAAUCCAGUGGAUAACUUCUCGGAUCGCUUGUUGCCGAGCGACCGCUGGCAGUGGAGUGACAUCACAGGGCUGGAACACCAACCCCUGGACAGUUUCCUAAUUCCCUCGACCAACUGGGAGUGGGAGGGGGACUGGUACAUUGACGAGACCUUUGGAGGAGAACCCACAGAGAAAGGAGGUUGGACCUAUGCCAUAGACUUCCCUGCCACCUACACCAAAGACAAGAAGUGGAACUCGUGUGUCCGUCGCCGGCGAUGGAUCCGCUACAGGAGGUACAAGGCCACGGACACCUGGGCCAAGAUCCCAUCAGAAGGUCACAGUGGUCCCCUACCAGACCCCUUUAAUGACAUCAGCUGUGGGGGCUGGGAGAUCAGUGAGGAGCCCAGGGGGAGGCUGUCUCUGUGGGCCGUCUCUCUACAGGGCAAGGUGUGGUUUCGUGAGGGUAUCCACCACCACAGCCCAGAGGGGGAUGGCUGGGAGGAGGUGUCUCUGCCUGGGGAGGUAGUGCAGAUCAGCUGUGGUCCAGGGGACCUGGUCUGGGCUGUGCUCUGGGAGGGUCAACUCAUCGUCAGGGAGGGCAUCACCAGAGACUGCCCACAAGGCUCCUCCUGGGUGGUGGUGGACUCUCCCAACCCAGAAGCCGGGGCCAUCCACAUAGCUGUGGGGGACAACGUAGUGUGGGCCGUCACCAAGGACAACAAAGUAUGGUUCAGGCGUGGCAUCAACUCCCAUAACCCAUGUGGUUCAGGCUGGAUCGGGAUGGUCGGGGAGAUGGUCAUGAUCAACGUGGGCCUCAACGACCAGGUGUGGGGUAUCAGCUGUGUGGACCGGGCAGUUUAUUUCCGUCAGGGUGUGACCUCCAGUGAGUUGAGUGGUAAAGCCUGGAAGGCUGUCAACGUGCCCCGAGACGGAGACAUCAUGUCCCACUCCUCCGCCAGCACUAGCAGUCUGCACAGUGCUGGUUGUUUCUUCAGUGGUGAGGUCCGAGCCCAGUCUGUGAUGAGUGAAGACUCGGACACAGAGGGCGAUCCACAGAGGGCGGUCCUAGAAGUAGGGGCCUGCCUUUCUUCCCCUCCCCCUCCCAUCGACCCUGACGUCACCAAACCACGCAUCCCUAAGGUCACCAGCGACAGCUUCAUCUCUGAGAUGCUCUCUGACCGCGAGGUCAAACGGGAGGGGGCCACCGCUGCCGCCACUGCCGCCACUGCCAGUCCCUCUAUCCCAGAAGAGGAAGUCGCUCUUGGGGAAUCAGAGGCCAAGUCUCCCCCUCCGGCCCUGGUUCUUUCCCCCAGCCUGUCUGGAGGGCCUGGGGACCCCCAGUGGAGUAAUGUGGACCUGGAAGAGACCCAGACUCACCUGGCUGUGGGGCCUGCCGUGGUGAGAGGGGACUCGGCUGACACCUGUAGCUUGUCCUCGGUGGCCACCUACACCCUGUAUCAGGGGGAGCCUUAUGGGGCGGAUGAACACCCGCUCUGGGCAUGGGUCAGUGGAGGAGGCUGUGGUGUGGACUGUCACUCCCAGCUCAACUGGUUCAGCUCUGCCACAGCCCUGACAUCUUCAGUCCAGUCCAUGAGUCUGUCCAUCAGUCCAGCCCAGACAGCUGCCUGGCGGAAACAGAUCUUUGAUCAGCUCAGCGAACGCUCUAAGAGAGAGAUGGACCACUUUAAACAUUACGAACAGGCCAUAGAACAGUCUGUGUGGGUGAAGAAAGGGACCAUGCAGUGGUGGAGGGACUGGAAGCCCCAUAAGUGGGUGGACGUGAGGUUUGUCCUGGAGCAGUUCUCAGGACCCGAGGGAAACAAGGACGGUAUCCUCUUCCUCUACUACACCUUCAACGAGGAGAAGAAGUACCUGCAUGCGUUCAUCAAUGAGGUGACUAUCUUGGUGCCGGUGCUGAAUGACUCCAAACACACAUUUGCCAUCUACACAGCAGAGAGGACUAAACAGAGGUGGCCUAUCAGACUGGCUGCUGCCACCGAGGUGGAGAUGCACGACUGGCUGGCCCUGCUGAGUGUGUCGUGCUGUGACUCCCGGGGGAUCCAGGGUCCCCCCUCUAAACAGGCCAUCUGGUCAGUCACCUGUAAAGGAGACAUCUUCGUCUGUGAGCCCUCACCUAGCCUGGAGGCCUGUCCCUACCCCACACCCUGUGACCAGAUGUUCUGGCGUCAGGUGGGGGGUCACCUGCGUCUGGUGGAGUGUAACAGUCUGGGGGUGGUUUGGGGGGUGGGCUAUGACCACACUGCCUGGGUCUACACUGGCGGCUAUGGAGGUGGAUUCUUCCAGGGUCUGGCCAGCAGCACAGAUAACAUCUACACCCAGACAGAUGUGACGUGUGUCUACAUCUAUGAGAACCAGAGGUGGAACCCAGUCACAGGAUAUACCAACAGAGGCCUCCCAACAGAUCGCUACAUGUGGAGUGAUGCGACGGGACUGCAGGAGUGUACCAAGGCCAACACCAAGCCUCCAUCCCCUCACUGGACAUGGGUAGCAGACUGGGCCAUUGACUACGGUAUCUCCGGAGGGACAGACAGAGAGGGUUGGCAAUACGCAGCUGAUUUCCCAACGUCGUAUCAUGGCCACAAGACCUUGAAGGACUUUGUUCGUCGUAGGCGAUGGGCCAGGAAGUGUAAACUGACAACCACAGGGCCGUGGCAGGAAGUCCCGCCCAUCCCGUUGAGUGACGUGACCAUCGUCCCAUGUGGAGCUCAGAGCAGUGUUGAGCCGGUCCCUCUGUGGGCCAUCAGUAACAAGGGAGACGUGCUCUGUAGACUUGGGGUCACCCUACUGACGCCUGCCGGGACGUCGUGGCUUCACGUGGGCACAGACCAGCCUUUUAAGUCUAUCUCCAUCGGUGGGGCCAACCAGGUGUGGGCCAUUGCCAGGGAUGGAUCUGCCUUCUACAGGGGCUCCGUGUCCGCAGAGAGCCCUGCAGGAGACUGCUGGUACCACAUCCCCUCUCCUGCCAGACAGACGCUCCAACAGGUGUCUGUAGGGAGGACGUCGGUCUACACUGUGGAUCAAAAUGGUAACCUGUGGUUCAGACAGGGCCUGACUCCCAGCUACCCCCAGGGAUCGUCAUGGGAACACAUCUGCAACAAUGUACGCAAGGUCUCCGUAGGACCUCUAGACCAGGUGUGGAUCAUAGCUGACAAGGUGCAAGGCAGCCAAAGUCUGAGCUGUGGGACAGUGUGUCACCGUCUGGGGGUUCAGCCCAUGGAGCCCAAGGGACAGUCCUGGGACUACGGCAUCGGAGGUGGCUGGGACCACAUCACUGUGAGAGGGAACUCAAUUGAGGCGCCUCGUGUCCGUAUGCCCUCCCUGACACCCUCCCUCACCGCCUCCCUAAUGGACCCCCUCCGCCCCCUUCCACCCCGCAGCCCGCUCCCCGUCAUGAUCACAGAGAAGGAUAAUGGGAAUGCUGUCAGGUGUUAAACACACACACACACACACACACACACACACACACACACACACACAUACAGCACUUGCCAGUGGACACUGUAUCUCUGUUCUGUCUUCAGCCCAACUCUCUCUUCAAAUACUUUACAAAAACACCACAAUGCAACUACUCCACCAUCCACACUGUACUGUAGCUCCCAGCUCCAGCCUCAGCUUGUAAGUGUCUGAAGUCAAACUCUUCUGUCCUAUCACAUGGCUGUGUUCGAAGACCUUUGAACCCUAUCUCUGCGCCCUCAGCUUGACUCAGGCAAUCACCUUCUCUCUUCACAACUAGCAGAUCAUGUUCAGUAUUUCCCACAUAGAGCACUAAAGUCAUUUUUAAACAGUGUCACUGAGUCUUUGAACAUUGCGUCAUUGUAAUUUAAAGGUAACUCAGUGAAAUGACGUUGCCACGAGCAGCACCGCAAAUAUUGAGAUGAGCGAGAUGCAAGAUUCUCUCACACAGUCACACACAGUAUCUGCUCAUGUGCACAGGUUUGCUUCACGCUGUUAGAGCGUGGUAGGUACGGGACCAACACAGUAGAAAUUGACCCACUAUACUGUUUACUUUCUGCAUAUACGUCAUAUAUGAGUCUACGUUUAAAUCUGUGGUCUUAAGAUAACUUUAAAUCUGUGGUCUUAAGAUAACUUUUUGUUUUAUUUCUAGUUUUUGUUUGGUUGAAUGUUUUUUUACGUGUGUGUUUGGUGUGUACCGUAUUGUAUGUGAGUAGAUCUUUGGUUUAUGUUAUGGUGGUGAUGGAUUUAUCUUUUUAAAAUAAUAUAAUAGGUGUAUUUGGGUGGUAUUCAAUGUGAUUGGGGCGAUGUUAAGAUAGGUUAAACCGCAUCACUGUCGGCCCAAGUAUUUGUGACUUAUUGUAAAAAGUCUGUAUCAAGAAGUUACUAUACUUACUACUUUAUACCUGCUGGCAACAGAUCGAGAUUCCACUGGAGUCACACCAAAAACAAGAAGGAUUUAUUUAACGAGAAGAAUUUAGGUUAUUAACGUUUGAUAACACAUUAUGCUUUUCCAGUUCCAGGCCUUUCCCCUGAAUGGUUUGUGUCUGUGAUGGCCACAGUAAAGAGUUUCUAUGCCCAUGUUCCUAGAGGACAGUUUUUUUUCUAUAAAAUGUUUAUGUUACACUCGAAAAGAAAGUGUAUAUUCUUCUUUUCAUGAAAAUGUGCAAUGUGUAGUUCUACACUGAACCGCAGUGUGAAUUGCUUGGAAAUUGAUGUCUUUGCGAGGCUUAAAAGUUAAUUUGUUUAUUUCUCAGGAAAAUAAGAGUUCUCCUAAACGCUAUUAUUGGCAUGUUUUUGACCUACGAUUGUAGCAGUAAUGACUGAAAGGUUCGGUGGAAAUAACUAAUAUAUAUUUUUGUUAGAAAUCUGCAUAUGAGUAUAGUAUACAUGUUUUAAUGGUGAUAUUUCAAGGUUGGGUUAUUGUACGUUGGUAUAUAAAAAGCAUAAAAUAUCAGUCAUAUUAAGUCCUAUUAACUAUUAUCCAUAAACCAUAAAAGCUGAAACUAGUACGUUUGGUCAUUAAUUCAUCUUACUUCUGUACAUGGGCACCAUAAGCCAAUAGCUAUCACUCAUAUACUGCAACUACAAAUAAUUAAUUGUACAGAAAAUUGUAUGUCUGUGAAAACUCACUAUCUUCCUAUGGCAGUUCCUAAUACGAAGAGGGCAUUGUUUGAGAAUGUUUCACUUACUACUUAAUACUGUUAUAACUGUACAGGUUUCAUCCUAAAGGAGGGACACAUGCUUUUCAUGCUAUUGUGUACCCCUUCACAUUCCAAGCUUAUAUGUGUUAUAGGUCUAGAGGAGGACUUGUCAGUUUAAAAAAUGAUUCCGUUGUUUUUAUUGAUUUAUAAUGUUAACUAAAAUAUUAUAAGCAGGUACUGUUCUAACCCCAACAAGGCUGUUAUUGAUGUGUAUAUUUCUUCCUUCCAAUAGUGUGCAUGGUCAAUGUCCUCUCAAUAAAUGUGAUUAUUGAUAACGAA